GUGAUCUCGAGGAACGCCCCGACUCUCCUGGUGGCAUGCAACAAACAAGAUAUCACCAUGGCUAAAUCAGCUAAACUGAUCCAGCAGCAGCUUGAAAAGGAAUUGAACACCUUGCGAGUGACACACUCUGCCGCUCUGAGCUCUCAGGACGGCUCUGUAGGCGGAAAUAUGUACCUGGGGAAAAAAGGCAAGGACUUUGAGUUCAGCCAGCUCCCUAUGAAGGUUGAGUUCCUGGAGUGCAGCGCCCGUGGCGGCAAGGGUGAAGACGGGGAUGCAGACAUGGAGAGCCUGGAGAAGAGUCUGGCUAAACUGUGAAAUCGGCAACAUCAUCCUAGGGCAGAACUUCCCUCAAAGACACACACCACAGAUCGACAUAACCUAAUCAAAGGAGGGAUGACAGAUGUAUCUCAUUGGAGGAUAUAUUUGACAGGAGUCACCAGUCAAACAUGGUCGUAGAUGCGCUGGCUGUAAAGCUUAAAAUGACAUGACAGUGAAGGAGCAUGGAACACGUUGAAUCGAACACACCAAAAGGACUCCAAAGUUAAAGUAAUGAAAAGGCACCGCUGAUCACCGGGUUGUUUUGCAGUGCUGGUAAUGAUUUUGUGCAUAUUCUGUCAAUCCUGCUGUGAACAUCCGCCUCAAAAGUGCUUUUUUUUUUUUUGGGCAUUUUUGGAAAAUAUAUAUAGUUUAAAUUAUUUUCAUCAACUACAACAAUUGCUGUUCAUAAAUUCAAUUUAAAUCAUUGAAGAGGUCACAAGAGUUUCAACAUUUCUGUUUUAAAUUUAAGCUAGCGUGAUUUACAAGCUGCUUGAUAAGACGGAUAGCCGAGAGAUAGGGAAUUGCAUUUAUUGAAGUCAGCCAUGUGCCUUUUUUUUUUUUCUUCUGGUAUUAAGAGAGUUUUCUGCCUAUCUGUAAGAAAGAACUUUGUCUGAAAGUGUUGCGUGAAUACAAUGCAUUUGCAUUGAAUGUAUGGAUUUAGGAUUUUGUGUAUGUUUGUACUUGUCUGGCUUGUUUGAAAAUUGACAAUAUAAAAGUUUUUGAUGACGCAAAUUGAUUAAUAAG